GGGUGGGUGGUACAUAACUUGGCCUUAUCUUUAACUUGAACCAUGAUUGGCUCUGGGGAUAGGACAAGGGCUAGAGGAGAGACUGAGGCUGGCCUGAAAGCUAGAGUCAGUGGCUCUGCCAGUACUAAAGUGAAAGCUGAGACCCAAGUGAAGGCAGUGGCUGAGGCAGCACCAAAAACAGAAUCAGUAAUCCAGGCCAAGACCGGAAAUGGGUCAGUAGUCAGGACACAGACAGUGACCUACACUGAGCCUGUGGCUGUGGCCAUGACGAGAGAAGUGAGCAAGAUGGAGGAUAUGAUCAAGACUGGAGUCAUGACUAAGACUAAGGAAAAACCCCUUGCAGAACAUGGUAGAGUGCCCCAAAGCAAGUCAAAGACCAUGCCUGCGUUUAAGGUCAGUGCUAUAACCAAGUCUGAAAUCAAGGUUGUUGAUGGCAGUGAUAAACUUAUCAGAUCCUGUGCCAAGGCUGAUGAUAAGGCCAAUAUUGGGUCCAGGCCAGAGUCAAGUGUUGAGGCCAGCAUCAAGUCCAGAGCUGAGGAAAAAGGCGAUAUCGGGAUCAAGUCAGGUAAUGAGGAUGAAGAAAAUGCCUGCUCCUGGUUCUGGGCCGGAGAAGAGCCUAGUGUAGGGUCCUGGUUCUGGCCUGAAGAAGAAACCCCUCCUCAAGUUUACAAGCCCCCACCUAAGAUUGAAGAGACUCCUGAGCCCAUACAUCAACCACCGCUUACUAUAAAACAAAAAGCAACAGCAUGGUCAAGGGGCAGAUAUAUUGUCCUAGUCCCAGUUGAGGGAGGGGAGAGAUCCUCACCUCCAGAAGGGAACUGGACCCUGGUGGACACCCUGAUUGAAACUCCUCUGGGGGUUCGGCCUCUCACCAAGAUCCCACCUUAUAAUGGACCUUACUUCCAGACUUUAGCUGAGAUCAAAAAACAGAUCAGGCAAAGGGAGAAAUAUGGGCCAAAUCCAAAGGCCUGUCGCUGCAAAUCACGUACCUUUAGUUUAGAACCAAAAGAGUUUGAUAAACUUGUUGCCCUCCUUAAGUUAACUGAAGAUCCUUUCAUUCAUGAAAUAGCUACAAUGAUAAUGGGCAUCAGUCCUGCUUAUCCAUUUACCCAGGAUAUAAUUCAUGAUGUAGGUAUUACUGUUAUGAUUGAAAAGUUGAUCAAUAAUCCCAAUGUUAAAGAACACCCUAGAGCCUUAAAUACAGUGGAUUACAGUUCUGAGUCCUCUGAAGAAACAAAAAUUGGAGAGUUAUACAUACAUCAACUUUGUAAGGACAUAAUUUUUUAUCCCUUGAACUCCAAUGUACAACUGGCUGGACUAAAAUUAUUAGCUCAACUGAGUAUGAAAUUUGAGGACCACCAUGUAAUUGCCAAUUACAUUCGAGAUUUACUCAGCUUACUAAACAAGGGAAGUGUUAAAAUCAAGUUUUAUGUUUUAAAAGUAUUUAUGUGCUUGUCUAAAAAUCAAGCCAAUACAAGAGAGCUGAUCAGUGGGGAAGUACUAUCAUCAUUGGUUGCACUCUUUAACAAGAAUGAGUCGAAGGCCAAUAUUCUUAAUGUCAUUGAAAUUUUUGAGAAUAUAAAUUUCCAGUUCAAAAAAAGGGUAAAACUAUUUACCAAGGAAAAGUUCACUAAAUCUGAACUUAUUUCCAUAUUCCAGGAAGCAAAAUGGUUUGGUCAGAAACUCCAAGACUUAGCAGAGCACAGUGAUCUUGAGGUGAGAGAUAAAGUUAUACGAUUAAUACUCAAACUCUGAAUAGCUGUAUGUUCUCUCAAAGCUUUGACAUUUUUAUGAUGUUGUUACAGUAUGAAACCAAUGCACAUAAUUAUAAAUUCAGUAAUUAGGUUCUUUGUGUUGACUGAAGGAGGCCAGUUUACCUUGAGAACUUGUACAUUUGUUGAUUGUUAUUGUAUAUAAUAAAAUGGGAUAUUUUUAGUAUUUCUGCAACAUGACCUGAUAAUGAACCUAUUCAUCAUGAAUAAGCUAUACAUCUGUUCCUUAUAUUGAUAUAAAUAUGUUCCUUUUGAGAUUUCAUUUAUAUAUUGUUAAUAAAGUUGCAUGCCAAAACUGGUGAAAACAUUGUCCUAGUUCUUCAGUUGAAAUCUAGUGAGAAGGAAAAAGCACAAACAAUAUAAACAUGGUGAAGACCA